GUUUCGGCUACUAUGUCUUUGAAUGAAUUUACUGCAUGCGAUGAUGGUAGUGAAUCUGGUAAUGAAACUAUAUCUAUACGUAAAAGAAUAGCAAAAUCAAAAGUUUGGGAGUAUUUUACUGGGUUGCCUGUUGAUAGUGAUGGAAAAGCUAAAGUUCAGUGCAAGAAAUAUGACCAAGUUUAUGUUAGUGGUUAUGGUACCACAAAUAUGUUGAGGCAUAUUCAUUCUUGCCCAAAACGGGAUAUAGAUGAGGCUGAUUCAUCGUGGAAAACCAUGCCAUUAGAUCAAGAUAAUUACAGAGAAAUGUUGGCUAGGGUCAUUGCAUUGCAUGGUUAUUCGUUCUGUUUUGUGGAACAUCGAGGGAUACGCAAAUUACAUACAUUUUUAAAUCCUGAAGUCAAGCAUAUCUCAAGGAACACCACUAAAGCUUGCUUAAGUUGUACCAGAAAGAAAAAAGAAUUCUUAAACAAACUUUGAAGCUAGUUCCUAGCAGAAUCAGUCUAACUAUAGACUUGUGGACCUCUUCAACAUCAGAUUACUACAUGUCUCUUACUGCACAUUACAUUGAUGAGCAAUGGAUCUUGCAAAACAAAAUAUUAGCUUUGUCUCAUGUUUCACCCCCCAUAUAGUGGGGCAAUUUUAGUAGAGAAGCUAUUUCAUUUACUGAAGGAGUGGGGCAUAGAAAAAAGAAUUUUCACUGUUACAUUGGAUAAUGCAUCAUAUAAUGAUGCUUUUAUGAAGAUUUUAAAAGACCAUCCUGCUUUAAAGGAGUAUGUUGUCUCAAAUGGUGAUUUUUUGCAUGUACGAUGUUGUGCUCACAUUUUAAAUCUUGUUGUACAAGAUGUAUAUGAUGCUUUUAUGAAGAUUUUAAAAAACCAUCCUGCUUUAAAGGAGUAUUUUGUCUCAAAUGGUGAUUUUUUGCAUGUACGAUGUUGUGCUCACAUUUUAAAUCUUGUUGUACAAGAUGGUUUAAAAAUAAUUGAUAAAUCUUUAUCCAAGUUUAGAGAAUGCAUUAAAUAUGUAAAGAGUCCCCCUGGAAGGAAGAAAAAAUUUGCAUAGUGUAUCGAACAAACUUGUUCAGUUAGUGCAAAGAAAAUUCAACAAGAUGUGUCCAAUAGGUGGAAUUCCACCUUUUUAAUGUUGGAGAGUGUUUUACCUUUUCGUCGGGCAUUUGAGCAAUUGAAGGUAAUCGAUUCAAAUUUUACAUUUUGUCCAUCAACUGAAGAAUGGGUAAAGGCUGAAAAAAUAGCAAAGUUCUUGAAACCUUAUUAUGAAGUGUGCACUCUUUUUUCUGGAAGUAAAUAGCCAACUUCUAACUUGUAUUUUGGUGGAGUUUGGAAGAUACAAAAAUGCAUAAAGGAGGAGAUGACAAGUGAAGAUGAAGACAUAAAAUCAAUGGCAAGUGAUGAUAUGGAGAAAAAGUUUAAUAAAUAUUGGAAGUGUUAUAGCAAGAUUUUGUUCUUUGCAUGCAUCUUAGACCCCCGUUAUAAGGUGAAAUAUGUGGAGUUUUGUUUUCCUCUUGGUUCUACACAAGUGGUGACUCUCUUGGAUAAGUUAAAGCUUCUUUACAAAGAAUAUGAGAGAGCAUCAAAUGAUAUAUGCAUGGCCGGUAGUAGUUCGAAAGAGGCCUUUGGAGAUGUUCGUGAUGAUGAGAUGCUUGAGUUUGAACAGUUUGAGAGCCAAGUAGUUUCAGUCAGUAGGACCAAUUCUGAAUUAGAAGAGUAUUUAGAUGAAAAGAUACUUUCUUGGAAGAAAAAUGAGAAACUGAAUGUUCUUGAAUAUUGGAAAGUAGAAUCUGAGAAGCGUCCUCAAUUAUCCAUGAUGGCUCGUGAUAUACUCAGUAUCCCUAUUACUUCAGUGGCCUCUGAAUCUGCUUUCAGCAUAGCUGGUCGUGUGCUUGAUAAGUACCGCAAUCGUCUUCUUCCGGAAAAUGCCGAAGCUCAAAUAUGCCUUGGUUCUUGGUUAGAUGGGGUUCCUUAUAUUGAAGAAGGACAUCUGUUGGUGCAUGAUUUUAGUGAUAUUCAAAAUUUUGAAUCUGAAGGAGGGUGGUGAAGUGCUUGUUAGAAGAUUUGUCAUCUAUUAAGCUUGAGGCCAUGGGAUUUGCUCGAGCUCUUAUACUGUAAGUGUUCUUUGCCUGCAACAAGAGCGAAGAGAUGACAACAAACUACCUUUUGGAUCAUAUACAUGAGUUUGAGAACGAUCAGUAGUUUAAGAAAAGUCUAAGAUCAACCGCCCCUUUCACUCUCAUCCAGUUUUAACUUAUCUUAUAGUGGUUAUUGUUCGAUAGACAAUGGACUAAAAAGACCAAUCUCUUGCAGCAUAUGUUGAUCUAUAUAAUGUUUACUAGUUGUAAUGCUGUGUAUAAUGCUUGAGAUCUUAGCGCUUCACAUUUUGAUUUUCAUUAUAUGCAGAACGUCUUUUUUUAAGC